AUUUUAUGUCAAUUUUAUUGGUUUAGUUUUUCUUAUCAAUAAAAAUGGCAGGCGCUGGAAACACUGGAGAAGAUGCACAACUAUCUUUUCCUCUCCCACCUACAUUUUAUUACAAACACUAUACAAAUCACAAUGUUAAAGCAAAGUUAGUUCCAAAGGCUCCUGCUCCAGUAACUGGUGAAUACACAAUGUUCGGUCAUCAAUACAAGACUGAUGAUGAAAUAAUUCAACCACUAGAAAGUCAAGGAAUAAAGAGAUUAUACUCAAAAGAAAAACAAUUUGACCAUAUUGUGGAAAUGAAAAAGUUGAAUCAUUCAAUAUUGGUCAACUAUCUUGAACUACUGGAAACAAUGAUAGAAGAGCCAGCUUCAGCAGAGAGGAUACGAAAGAUUGAAGAAAUCAAGGUUUUAUUUAUAAAUCUUCACCAUCUGAUUAAUGAGUUCAGACCACACCAGGCACGAGAAACGUUACGGAUCAUGCUUCAUAGACAAAAACAACAACGAUUAGAGACAACUGAGAGACUGCGAUUAAACAUCGAUAAGGCAAAGUCCAUAUUAAAAGCCUGUGCUGGUCAACUCAACAACUUGCAAGGUUCUACGUCAAUUGCAGUAGAAGAUACAAAGGUACCUGGGAAUAACACCAACGAAACUGUAAAAGAAUUAGAAGCACUACGACAUAAAAUUAUGUGUGAUAUCGUCGAUGAGAUAUCAUAACAUGGAGUAAAACGUGUUCCAUUCGAAUAGCUGAUUUGUCCAAGAAAUUUGUCAAGAAUCGUGCCAUCGAACCUAAAUUCUGCGUUACCUGGACUUCGCGGUUUUUCCGUUUUGUACAGACUAAAAACCCAAAACAUUGUCACUAGUGACUACUGAAAAUUUACAUAUGUUUGUUGGUAUAUCAUAGUUUUACACCUUGUAUUUUAUUAAAAAAGUAUGACAAACUUUCCUUGGUUUUUGUAACUUAUAAUUUAGAAGGAGAAAAUGGAAAUGGGAGGUGCAUAACA